AUGACACCGGACGGACACCGGCGGAAAAGGGUUCGGAAAGGAACGAAGAGCUGCUCGGAGUAUCCUUCUAUAUGCAUCAAUUGCGAAGACAGGAAUACGCCGUGUCUCAGCCAAGAAUAUGUUGAUGAUUAUCACUCCCGAUCUACCGAGGAUCUGGGGAUGGCCCACCGAAUGGCGAGAGUAGAGUCACUAUUAGAGACACUAAUACACAAAGCUUCUCAUAAUGAAAUCGAUUCUUUGGCAUCUUCCUCAAUUCCGGCAGCGACGGCCCAGGUGCGGUCACAGCCUGUCUUUGCCUCUCUAACUAACGAUAUUCUAGUGCAGGCCGACAUCAGCCCUGCGAUAAAAUCCGAGAGCUUACGCCGACAGUUGACUGCGAUGUUGCUUUGUCAAGAAGAUGUGGAUUAUCUCUUCGCAUCCAGCCAUGGAUGGUGGCUUAUUCAACAGCAUAUGAUGCCGUAUCUACAAAACUCGGAUGAGAAUGAUUCUCGUGGGUUGUUUACUGUCAGCACUGUCUCAAAAGAAAGUCCUAUAGUAAUUACGAGACUCCUCCUCUGUAUUUCAAUCUGCAUCCAGCAGCUUUCAUCUAAGGUUGAUAUACAAAAGCUUCAGACAGCUGCACCACUUCGAAGAGCGAUGAGCAGUAUCGUGAGCUUUAUUGCCCAUAACGUGACUUCUGAUGAUGAAAUUACCGGAAGCCUCGAGGGAGUUGAAUGUCUCGCACUUCAGGGGAUAUAUGAGGUUAAUACCGGCAAUCUUCGACGGUCGUGGCUUUCGUUCCGAAAGGCUAUCACGGUUGCCCAGCUUCUGGGUUUACAUAGAGCGGCGCCAAAGGCAUCUCAGAAGGCAUCCGAGGAGAAUUCGGAUCUUCAACACGCAAGAAGAAGUCAUAUAUGGUAUCAGAUUUCCAGAGCAAGAAUCGGCGAACAGCUCGAUUCGUUCGCGAAGCAGAUGUCGCCAGGCUGGUGGGAUAUCCCUAUGAGCUUGCCUUCCACCCGCACAAAAGAAGCGUCAGUCGAGUUCGAGCGCGUGAUGUGUCAAAUAUGGCAUUUUGAGUUAGAAAUACUUUUGCAUCUGCCCUUUAUGCUUCGCGCAGCGAAUGAUCAAAGAUACGAGUUUUCGCAUAUCUCUUGCUUAAAUGCCAGCCGAAAUCUUAUUAAAAGAUGGAUUGCUAUUCGCGAGAGCCAUGAGACCCUUCUCUUCUCUAAUCUCCUCAAUUUCCAGGGUUUCACAGCAGCGACCACUCUCCUGCUUGGGCUGCUAAGUUUCACAACGAUAUCUGGCCAUGUCAUCUCCCAGGAGGAACAGGAGGAUUCUCGGCUUAUAGAGAUGGUUGUUCGAAGUUUCGAAGGACUCGAACGCGAUGAGACUGGUAAAUCCGUUAGUUCUCAGAGCGUCUCGAUCAUUCGCACCCUUCAAAAUUUCCUUCGUGACAGAAGCAUAUCACACAGUCUGUGUCUUGAGAUACCAUUUUUCGGAACUAUCAAGCUUGCACGUAGCUGUGCCUUGCAGCCCUUAGAAGGUGAGCGGCUUCUCGGUGCAAACGGGGGCAGAAGACCCUCUUCAUCUCGAUUCGAUCAAUCGGCCCUAUCUCCAGCAGAGAUGAGAAGAAAUUGCAUUUCGACUUCGACUUCUCAUGCUCCCGCUAAAGAGCAAGGGCAGGCGGAGAGUGAGAACAGUGGUCAUUUUGUAGAUGAUAUCGAUACGUUUCUACAGCUGUCUGGAGGUCAAUUUCAACAUUUUGAGGAUUCUUACAUUCAAAAUGAUAUUCUUACAAGUGGAUGGCCAACUCAGGAAAUGGAGACAAUACUCUUUGAUAGUCUAGUGGAUGCGGAUUUAGAUUCUUUAUAG